AUGUCUUCAGAAGUUUCCACACAAACUGCUAAUACUACUUCCGAUCCUGCUACUGAAACCACCCAAAAAGAAUCAAAUUCAUCAGCUCUUAAGCGUCAUGACACAGAAAUUGCUGCACACGAUCAUAUACCUACAAGUGAUCAAAAUGCCCAAUCACAAUCUCAAAUUACUCGUGUCAUAGUAAUUGCUAUCGACCAUUCUAGUCACAGUCAAUACGCGUUCGAUUGGGCGGUUAAAAAUUUAUUACGAAAGGAAACUGAUUUGGCUGUGCUGAUUAAUGUCAGGCCAAUUCCCUCAAUUCCUGGACCAUAUGCUAUAGGCGCAACUUAUAUGGAUUUCGGCGAGGUUAUUGCCAGUGUCGAGGAACAGCAUCGUGCAAGCAGUCAUCAACUUUUACAAGAUUAUGCUUUGAAAUUGAAGGAACAAAACUUUGCUUGCAAAGCGAUUGCAAUGAGAGGUGAUGCACGCGAUGAAAUUGUUCGAAAGGUCGGAGAAGUCAACGCGGAUGCUUUGGUGAUAGGGUCUCGUGGUUUAGGCGCAUUAAAAAGAACCAUCUUGGGUUCCGUGAGCGAUUAUUGUAGCCACGUUUGUCACUGCACUGUUAUUAUUGUCAAAGAAAAUGACAAAUAA